AUGGAUGGAAAAGAGAUGGAACGUGAACGACCAAAACUACAUGAUCCUCAUAUCCCACGCUUUCCUGUCAUAUAUCCGAAACCAACCUACGAGCAAGUACGUGAUAACAUCAGUCAAGAAGAUAUGAUUCAAAGUGGGAUUGUAGGUCUCGUGUUGUUUCCGCUUGGAUACAUUGUCGCUCGUCAAUUAGAUCGCAGUUUGGCACGUCCUGGUAUGUGGUUUACUGGUAUUCUUGGUACAGUAGGUGGUGUUAUGUUGGCAUAUCAGAACUCGUCACUGCGUCUGCAGGGAUUUGGACGCAACGACAAAGAAGUGGCACGCUAUCAGAAAUAUGAAGCAAAAAACAACUAA